AUGGCAAACCCACGUUCCUUGGUUUCUCCUCUGAGCCGAUUGGCAACAUUCUCGGUUGGCGCAUCAAGACCAGUCGUCGCCCGCGUCUCCGCGCUGCCGUGUCCAUCGAUACGAUGCGCAACAACGAAAGCCCCCAAAAAGAAGAACAAGAAAGGCCGGAAUACCUUCGUCCAAUAUGACCUCAAGAAAACGGAGCAGUUCCCGCUGGUGGAUGCGAUGCAAUACAUCCGCGCCUUCGAAGUCGGCCGCAACCCGUCGUCCUCCAAGUACGAGCUCCACGUGCGCCUACGCUCUCUUAAAAACGGGCCCACUGUUCGAAACCGCUUGCGACUGCCGCAUCCCGUCAAAACGGACAUACGCAUCUGCGUCAUCGCGGCCCCAGACUCCAAAGCCGCGGCCGAGGCACGAGCCGAAGGGGCGGUGCUUGUUGGCGAAGACGACAUUUUCGCGCAGAUCAAGGAGGGCAUCAUCGAGUUCGACCGAUGCUUGUGCCAUAUUGACAGCCUGCAGAAGCUCAACAAAGCUGCAUUGGGCCGGCAACUGGGUCCCAAGGGACUGAUGCCGAGCGCGAAGACGGGCACCGUUGUCACAAAUGUGGGCGCUAGUGUGAGGAACAUGGUGGGGGCAAGCGAGUACAGAGAAAGAAUGGGCGUGGUCAGGAUGGCCGUGGGACAACUGGGGUUCACGCCCGAGGAGAUGCAGAGGAAUGUCAAGGCGUUCAUGGACGCAGUGAAGAAGGACAUCGCGCAGCUGAGCCUGAAAAUAACAAAGGAGAUUCAUGAAGUGGUAUUGAGCUCGACGAAUGCGCCGGGCUUUACGCUCAAUGGCGACUUUAGAGGCGCAAACUCAAUAGCGACAAAGGAGCUCUCUGGCCCGUUAUGAAAUUGCUCGCUCAUGGGUGUACAAUAAAUGUACUAUAUUAAACGC